ACGAUGGUGGUUCUGCGUUCAAGUUCAAAGGGAUUGUGCGGCAGUUCUUCAUCUAACUCCUAUAGUUUGCGUUCCAAGGAUGUGUCUGAUCCUUCACUUGAUGGCUCUAAACGUUUGUGUUCAAGGGUUGGCCGUAUCGGGCCUAAAGCUAAAGCGAAACUCAAGGAAUUCGAGUUUACAUCCAAGAAACCCAGGGAACGUAAGUACACAUCCAAGGACGGUGAUGAUGUAUUAACGCCGUUGGCAAUCGAAGCCAUGAGGUUCUAUAACAAAGAAAAUGGUACAGAAUAUGAGCUGGUGCAGCCUGGUUGCAUUACAUCUGUGCUUGAUCUGACAUCGACUUCAUCGCUAAGAAGGCUGAUGUUCCUGAUGCUCCAGAGGAGAUGUUUUUUGCUGAACUGACAGCUACCAACAAGGAUGUUUUUGUCGAGGUUUGCAAAUGCAUGGGGCCAAAAAACUUAAUUUCAGGAGAGAAAAUCAAUGGCUGCUCUUUUUGCAACAUGUAUGACAAUGUUCAGCAUCCUAAGGACGGAGGAUUUACGGCUGGAGACUUCUUUGAUUUUGAAGAAUGGAAGAAAAACUAUGAUUCCCCCCGGCUUAUUGAUGGUGAACUUUUUAUGAACAUAACAAUGUCAUUUGAAACUUAAUUUAGAGUUGGACUAUGUUUGACGCAUGCAUAGUUGCCUUUUGAUAUCUGUGAAAACCAGGCCUCUGUGUCU